AUGUUCAGGGGCUCGACGCUGAUCACCGCUGCGAGCGCCCUCAACGAUGACACCCCCUUCACGUUUCCUGCCACCACCGUUGCAGCUGGCUCCACGCUCACAAUUUCCGUGGGGCCGAACGGAAUUUUCAAUUGCGAUCACUCCUCCCUCUCUCUCACAAUCACAGAUGACACCGACGCGGCAAGCCUCCACGAUGACUACACGGCGAGCACGUUUGCCUCAGGUGACCUGGCGGACUAUAACUCACCAGGCGGCCUUGGAAGGUGGACUUUCGCAACGUCGAACAGCCACAUUCCAGGGACAGGGACAGAGACGAUGCUGCAGUAUACAACACAGGCAAACGGUGUGCGAGCACCGAAUUGUUUCAUCACCCCGAACGCUUUGGGACCGCUAGACAUGCCAGGCAUUGGCACAAGCACCGGUGUGCUCAUUACUCCAGAGGGCAGUGAAGGGAAAGCGGACGACAAUUCUCUUGCUAUGCAUCCUGGCAACCACCCUGACGAGCAAUACCUCAAGGUGAAGUUCACAGCAGCGCACGCAGUGAAUGUGGCUGGCUAUGUCAAAGAACUGGGUGCGCAUUGCGGAGGUAUCGACGUGUGGAUGUUCAGGGGCUCGACGCUGAUCACCGCUGCGAGCGCCCUCAACGAUGACACCCCCUUCACGUUUCCCGCCACCACCGUUGCAGCUGGCUCCACGCUCACAAUUUCCGUGGGGCCGAACGGAAUUUUCAAUUGCGAUCACUCCUCCCUCUCUCUCACAAUCACAGAUGACACCGACGCCACCACCACAACGACCACCACAACACUUCCCGCGGCAAGCCUCCACGAUGACUACACGGCGAGCACGUUUGCCUCAGGUGACCUGGCGGACUAUAACUCACCAGGCGGCCUUGGAAGGUGGACUUUCGCAACGUCGAACAGCCACAUUCCAGGGACAGGGACAGAGACGAUGCUGCAGUAUACAACACAGGCAAACGGUGUGCGAGCACCGAAUUGUUUCAUCACCCCGAACGCUUUGGGACCGCUGGACAUGCCAGGCAUUGGCACAAGCACCGGUGUGCUCAUUACUCCAGAGGGCAGUGAAGGGAAAGCGGACGACAAUUCUCUUGCUAUGCAUCCUGGCAACCACCCUGACGAGCAAUACCUCAAGGUGAAGUUCACAGCAGCGCACGCAGUGAAUGUGGCUGGCUAUGUCAAAGAACUGGGUGCGCAUUGCGGAGGUAUCGACGUGUGGAUGUUCAGGGGCUCGACGCUGAUCACCGCUGCGAGCGCCCUCAACGAUGACACCCCCUUCACGUUUCCUGCCACCACCGUUGCAGCUGGCUCCACGCUCACAAUUUCCGUGGGGCCGAACGGAAUUUUCAAUUGCGAUCACUCCUCCCUCUCUCUCACAAUCACAGAUGACACCGCGGCAAGCCUCCACGAUGACUACACGGCGAGCACGUUUGCCUCAGGUGACCUGGCGGACUAUAACUCACCAGGCGGCCUUGGAAGGUGGACUUUCGCAACGUCGAACAGCCACAUUCCAGGGACAGGGACAGCGACGAUGCUGCAGUAUACAACACAGGCAAACGGUGUGCGAGCACCGAAUUGUUUCAUCACCCCGAACGCUUUGGGACCGCUGGACAUGCCAGGCAUUGGCACAAGCACCGGUGUGCUCAUUACUCCAGAGGGCAGUGAAGGGAAAGCGGACGACAAUUCUCUUGCUAUGCAUCCUGGCAACCACCCUGACGAGCAAUACCUCAAGGUGAAGUUCACAGCAGCGCACGCAGUGAAUGUGGCUGGCUAUGUCAAAGAACUGGGUGCGCAUUGCGGAGGUAUCGACGUGUGGAUGUUCAGGGGCUCGACGCUGAUCACCGCUGCGAGCGCCCUCAACGAUGACACCCCCUUCACGUUUCCCGCCACCACCGUUGCAGCUGGCUCCACGCUCACAAUUUCCGUGGGGCCGAACGGCGUUUUCAAUUGCGAUCACUCCUCGCUCUCUCUCACCAUGACAUCAGGUCAUGGGGAUGCUUGGGAUGCAAAGUGUUUGAAAGCCAAGCCGGGAGUUGGUUCCUUUGUAGCUUGGCUCAAGCUGACCGAGGUUCAGGAGCGUUUGUUGCUUGCGACCGGGCCGGUUGCGCAUGGUACGGUAAUUCCCAUGAAGGCCAGCGAGAAGAUGUCGAAGAUGUCGAAGAUGUCCAUUGCGCUUGGGCUGGGCGCCCUGCAGCGCCAGCGGCGGCUCCCGUUUUCGGCGAGCGCCCUGUUGCUGCUUGCGUCGCUCCCCAUGGCGUUGAGCUCCACCCUCUCCGGCAUUGCCCACGUGUCGGAAGUCACCAAUGGCAUCCCCUACCAAGCGCCUCUCAUCGAGCCGCUGAACCGCCUCGGCGUCCAGGAAGACACGGCAGCCAAGAACAUGUCCCAGUUCGUCCACAUUGGUUGCUUUGUCGCUUCCCUUGGCAUCACCCGAGAUGCGGAGCAGGACACGCACUUCGACCCGAGCGCCUGCGUAGAUGUGUGCCGGACCCGCUACCCCAACGCCGCUCUGAAGGACAUUGCGGUAGCUGUUCACGGCCCACGGUGUGGCUGCGCACUAGGAGCUCUCUACGACACCUUCACCGAAGCCGACCCCAUCUUCUGCACGUACCAAUGCAAGUUCUAUGAGAACCCCAUUUGCGGGGGUCCGCCCUCGUUUUGGGGAGUUUUCGUUCAGUUCGACUUUCAAUCUUACGCCUCUCAUGGGGCCUAUGACCCGUGGCGGAAGAUCUGGUACUCCAUCGUUGCGGUGCGCGAGUCCACGAUCCGUGGGGAGGAGGCUUGGAAUCCGGAUCGUCAGCUGGAUCCCGAGCGCUACUACCUUCAUGCUGCCUCGGUCCAGACGGGCCAAGCGGCGUUUCCAUUCCAGACGCGUCUGCCGGGCAUUGUCCACGGUAUCCAGUACGACCUCGACUCCGGCCGCCUCGUCGGUGUCCUGACUUCCGCAUCGACGGCUCGAGUUCGGAUGCUGCAGCCGUGGGUGUACUACUUGUGGACCGCCUUCAUCAACACGAUCAACAUCACCCACCCGAAAAUCGAGUUCGACGAGGAGCUGCCCAUCAUCAACUUUGCUGAGACGAUGACCGAGCAGUUUAUGGCCUGGACCACGAACUCGGGGAUCUUCUCGCGCAAUGGUGUGGAUAUGUUUGUCUUCUGCCAAGCAGAGCCAGCAGGAUUGCUGAAGAACACGAAGUCGAGGGUCUACUUCAUCAGUGUCCCCGACGCGGUCAUCAUCGAGGCCCAGGGCCUGGACUUCACUGUGCUGCAGCUGAUGGUCAACGAGAAGCACGGGGACGUUAUCGCCGUUGGCCACCGAUCUGGAAACCAGAUGAUUGUCAUGAUCGCGAAGAUCUACUACAAUGCGGUGGAGAACUCCAAGCGGGUGGAAUGGCUGUACACACCAGCGCUGCCGCAGCGGCUCGUGCCGACGGAGGACUUUGGGGACCUCUAUCUGACACCCGGCUUGGCUGUCAGCGAGCAUCUCUUCAACAAGAGCUUCAUCAUGAUCAGGAAGUACCCGAUCGACUACACCGAGCCCAGGACACCGGAGCUCUACCCACCCAUCCUCAUGGAGAUCAACAUCCGCGAGCCGAUUUACUUUGACUGGUGUCCGGCAGAGUGCGACGGCACCGUCUCCUACAAGUCUCCCUACACGCCGAUCUUCAACAAGGAGCCGCGAAUUCCGCUGUCGCUGGCAGCACCUGCCCUGGUCUAUGCGCGCUUCAGCAUGGAGGCCGUGACCAUCGACGUGAAGUUUGACCGUGCGACUCUUCGCGGCGCCUUGCCGCUGGACACCACCAACGACAUCGUGCCCGACAUCAUCGACUACACCACGCAGCUCACCGGCGAUGCCUGGGAUUGCGCCAACACCUUCGAUGAGGACACGGUGAUUCUGCUGGGCCCCUUCCCAGAGACGUCCUGCAAAUGGGCCUCCGAUGACCUGAUCCAGAUUUCGCUGCCGCGGCUCUUUGACGUCCAGGUGGGUGACCAGAUCUUCCUCCAAGCGGACACCAUCUACACAAUCCCACGGCCACAGGACAACGAGUACUCCAUGGCCGCGCAGGGCGGCAUCGCCAUUUCCCUGCCAGAUCCCUUGGAGGAGCCGGUGGUGAUCAUCACCGGGACGACGGAGAUCGACGAGUGCAGCCCUCUGCAGCUUUCGGCCAGCGACAGCUACUUUCUGGGUGGGCAGGCCACAUACAGGUGGGAGCUGGUCUCCUACCGGGACCUCACAAACAACCCGGCCGGGCGCAUCUACAACCAAACCGCGCUGGAUCUCUUCCGCUUCGUGCUGAAGAACACAACAGAUUUCAACGAUGGCCAGCUGGUCUCCCCGCCCGAGUACUUGGAGGAGGCUGUCGGCUUCAUGAUCAACCUCACGGUCACCAGUCGAUGGGGCCUCUCCAAGAGCGAGCUGGUGGAGGUGACGACCCUCGACUUUCCGGCACCCAUGGUCAGCAUCCUCGGGCCCAAAGAGCUGCUGGUCAACCGCACGGAGCAAGUGUCCCUGCUGGCGAACGGCAUACCUUCAGAGUGCUCCACGGUGUCCCGGCAGCUGGGCUAUCGCUGGUCUGAGACCACUGGGCAGCUGGACCUUGCUGAGUGCAAUGGUUCCCUCUCUGGAGACCUCCCGUUUAUGGACGGCAUUGUCUAUACCACUCGUUCCUUGGUCAUCCCGCCCUUCGUCCUGGAGCCCAUUGGCAGCGGCGACGACGUGAACCUUUACAACUUCACCGUGGAGACCUUCGCAGUGGACAACCCGACCAGAGCGGCCUACGCGUCGGUCACUGUCAGGGUCCGACGCUCACCGGUGUUUGCCGCCUUGGCGACGGAGGAUCGACUCAUGACCCGUGGAGACAUCCUGGUGCUCGAUGCCCGAGAGUCGCAGGACCCCGACUACCCCACGAAUCCCGGCAUGACCUUCGUGGGCACCUUCAUUUGGUGGUGCCUUACCCCGGGCCGGCUCCCGUGCUUCGGAGCCAACUCCACGGGGCUCAUCCCGCCCUUGGAGACCUGCAUCACGGACUUCGACUCCAGGAUCGUGCAGGGAGGCAAGACUUUCUCGCUGCCGCUUUUCGAUGAGGGCCUCUACUGCCGAUGGGCGCGUGGCGUCCUCAUGGUCUCCACUGUGAACUUCACAGAGGGUGAGUACCUCUUCGAGGUGCAAGCUCAAGCGAACGACGGCCGGCGCUCCAGCAAGACCGUGCGGAUCACGAUCACGGAGCUGGUGGUCCCUCAGAUCCUCCUCUCCAUCGACAACCCCAUGCCCAAGUUCCCGGUGACUACCGAGAUCAGCAUCUCGGGAACCGUGGAGUCGGAGUUGGAUCCGACCGUGGAGCUGGAGUUCUCCUGGCGGGUACUGGUCUUCUCGUCGAACCCUCUCUACGAUGGCGACCUUGCGCGAGAAGCGGAGUCGGACAACGACCCUACCACGGUGUAUUUAGUGGACAAGAUGGUGUACAUAGACCAAACCGACGUCUACGACGUUACAAAUGCGUCGCGGUUCUUUACCAGGCCGGACUCCCCGAACAUGAUCAUCAAGGGGAACGUCUUACAAGAGGACACGAUUUACAAGAUCCGGCUGGUGAUGACCGUCGGGGGCGGCUUGGUGGAAGGCUACUCAGAUGUCUCCCUCCAGACAGCUGGUCUUCCGCCCCGGUCCGGGACCCUCAUCUCUGCGCCGCUCAACGCCACCAUGGACACCAAGAGGGUGCUCUCGGCCCCGGACUGGGUGGCCAACGACUUGCCUUUGAACUAUCAGUUCGGCUCGGGCCUGAGCUACAUCCAUUACUUGGGAAUCGGCCUGGACCCCAUCACGGUUCGGCUGAACACGGCGCCGCAGCGGGUGCAGCAGAUCGAGGUGGAAGAGCUUCCGAUCGGCGAGCCAAGCACCGGCUUCUCCUUGGAAGUCUUCGUGGACAUCAUUACCCCCUUCGGGGCCACCACGACGAAGACGAUCCAGGUGUUCUCUCUACCGCCAGAGAACGCGACGGCCAUCAUCAACGCGAGGCUGGACGAAGCCAGGACAUCCGACCCGGAAACGGCCGUGACGACGCUCAUGACCAUCAUCAACAUCAAUCAGGCGCCGCCCUUGCCCCCGGGCAUCCCGCCCACGCCGGAAGACCAGGCUGUGCUUGAGCAGGUCCGUGAAGUCAUGGUCCAAGCCACGGCGGCUGCUCCGGUGACCAUGAACACGGCAACAAACCAGGCCAUUGGGCGGACACUGGCUCCGGCUCGCUUUGCUCUUUUGAUCUCUUUUGCUCUUUGUCGUUCGUGUCUUUUCGUCUUCUAG